AUGCUGCUGCUGACACUUCGUUUCUCCAAAUUCAUCCUUGCUCUGGCAAAUGUCGUGUGUUUGUUGGCCAAACUGGACGAAAGCCAAUUGGCUGAUUUGUACGGUCUGGGCACGCACAUCGCUAAUCUAUCGAUUGAUGAAUCUGUGUACCGCAUCGCCAUUCUUGUGCCGUUUGACCCCACACUAGAGGAUAUUUCGGCUGCACCUCCACCAGACCAGGACACGGGCGUAGCCACGUAUCUUGCUCCAGCUCUGGAUUACACAAUUGACCACAUUCGAUCCCUCCCAUUCGCCAACAUUUUGCCCCACCUGGAGUUUCUCUGGGGCGACACCAAGUGCGAUGUGUCGCCGACUCUGGAGCACGUCUUCCACUUCCUCAUCGACGACCCAGUCCACGGUUUUAUCGGCCCGGUGUGCACAUUUCCACUGGCCUCAGCCUCGCGCAUCAUCGGCUCGCGGUUCAAACGUCCGCUCGUCACUUUCAGCGGUUUUGAGAUUGACUUCGCCAACAAGACGCGCUAUCCGCUGCUCACGCGUGUUGGCGGACAUCAUGCUUCCUUGAACGGUUUCCUCUACGCUGUGUUCACGCAUUUUGGCUGGUUGCCGAGGCCCUACAAGAACAUUGCUCUGCUGCAUGUCCGUGUAGGUGAGGACACUGCCAACUCGACCCCAGGAUCCACGCCGCAGACGGUUGCAGCGUCCGCAUCGGCGUUCUACGCCGCCAAGGCCAUCCUCUCUGGAGAGGGAAUGGGAGGUUUCCGAGUUGAGGGCAUCAUUACUGAUCACGAUAACUCCGAAGACAUGCUGGCGAGGCUGAAGCAGCUCUCCCUGUACGGACGUGCCGGAGGGCCUGAGACAUGGGGAGACAGCGCCUGCGCUCACCGCGACUUUUGCGUCGUCUUUUUAGUUGUGAUCCUCUGCGCGGACCCCGAGGCCGUGCGUAAACUGAUGCUCAUCGCCUACGACCUCGGCUUCGUGAACGGCGACUACGUCUUCUUCAACAUCGACCUUCUCAGCAGGUUGGUUGUGUGUUGCUCGCGUUUCUUUAAAUCCUCCUUCAAAGUGCCACAGAUCCAUGUUCACGACGCCGCGGUAGACUUGUCGUGUACACAUCUUUUCAUCAUCUCAUUGAGUUAUCGUCACUCCUUUUGCUUCCAUCGAUGUGAACGACUAAAUAGAGGGAUUCUGGGAUCGGAUUGGAAAGGAGAGUGGGAAGUUACGUGUGUUGUUAGCUCCGAGCAACAGGCGCGACCGUGGUACCGGCCGAAUGCCCCCCCUGAGGAGAAUCGGAAGGCACGGGAGGCGUAUCGCGUCCUGAUGACGGUGACACUGCGGAAGCCCGACACGGUGGAGUACCUGGAAUUCGCACACGAGGUGCAGCGGCGCGCCAAAGCCGACUACAACUACUCCUACGCCUCGAACGAGAUAAACCCCUUUAUUGGAGCCUUCCACGACGCGGUGCUGCUGUACGCCCUCGCUCUCAAGGACACGCUAGAGAGCGGUGGAAGCAUCCUCAACGGCACCUUGCUCACCUACAAGAUGCGCAAUCGAACCUUCCAAGGCAUCGCCGGCAACGUCAGCGUAGAUGACAAUGGCGACAGAAAUGCCGAUUACUCCCUCCUCGACAUGAACCCUGAAACCGGCGACUUUGAGGUUGUAGGCAAUUACUUUGGCAACGCCAAAAAGUAUUCUCCCGUGCACACAAAGACCAUAGACUGGGCCAAUCCGGAGAACGCUCCGCCGCCCGACACCCCGCCGUGCGGGUUCGAUGGAACACGGUGUGAACGCAACGGUGAGUUGGCGUUUGUUGGUCGAGCCUACAUGAUUCGGAUCAGUAUUGGCGUCGUCAUCACCCUACUCGUCCUCGUCAUCAGUGUCAUAGUCGGCGGAGUGAUUUUGUACAGACGAGCUCGUUUCAAGGCGGAGCUGCGAGCAAUGAACUGGAUCAUCCCGUGGGAGGCCUUGGAUCCGCUGAGUAACCGAGGUCGCCACCACCGCCGAAAUUCCCUGGGCUACGUGAACCAGAAGUCGGCCGCUGUGAGCCGCGGCAACGCCGUGCCAACUGUCGACAAGUCCGUCGUCUUCCACGUCGAGGCGUCUCCAUUCACCCAGGCGGAGAGUCAGCAUCUUCUUGAGGCCGGCGAGAAGGGAGACGCUUGCGCCAGUGGCGACGUCCACACUACCGCCGACGGCGGCAACGGCGCCGCUUCGGCCAUCGCUAAAGUGACCUUCGAGUCGCAGGCACCAACGUCUCCGAAGAAGAAGCGUUCUCACGCGGGUGGGGUGCGCGGCAUGUUCAGGAUGAGCGGUGCGGAGUCGCAUUCACCGCCGCCGACGCCCCAGGUCAUGGACGAGUCGUACUCCGGUAGUGUGAGCAACUGGUGGCGCCGUCAGCAGCGCUGGUCGCGCAAAAGCGAGGUGCCCAGCCAGGAGGACUCCAACUCGGGCGCGUCGGGAAACGGCGGUGGCGGCGGCGGUGGAUGGAUGGAAUGGCUCGGCGGAAGUGGAGCGGCCAUUCGCAAGAAGAGCGUCAACGAGUUCCCGCAAAUGAGCGAGAAACGACGCCGCAAGUCCAGCUCCAAGCGCUCCAAGCCGAGGCGGAAGAAGUCGUCGUUUGUGUGGGAAGGCGGAAUGGGCAACCACAAACCCGUGAGACGAAGUGAGUCCGUCGAAUCGCACGAGAGUUGCUCAUCAGUCGACACAAUCUCUGGCACGCCGUUCGACUUACGCACGGAUCAGCACACAUUCAGCUUCACCACCAUCUACAAGGGGAAUGUCGUGGCUCUGAAGUCCCUGCCUUACCACCGAGUCGAACUCACCAAUGAGCUGCUGGCUGAGGUUAACCGCGUGAAGGACCUCAACUACGACCACAUCUGCCACUUCGUUGGGGCCUGCAUCGAGCCGCAGCAUCUGUGCCUGGUCUACGAGUACUGUCCGAAGGGCAGUCUUGCGGACGUGUUGGAGGACGAGCAGAUCAAGCUGGAUUGGAUGUUCAAGUUCUCGCUGAUGCAGGACAUCUGCCGAGGCAUGAUCUACCUGCACCACAAUCUGGGUCCCCACGGCAAGCUGAAGAGCUCCAACUGCCUCGUCGAUUCGCGCUUCAGUCUCAAGAUUACCGACUUUGGACUGCACCUUCUACGCGGACCCACGCCUUCGUCUGUUGUGGACUCGCCCAAGUACUUCAGGGAUCAACUGUGGACUGCGCCCGAGUUACUGAGAGAGUACUCCUUUCAUGGCGACUUGCGCGGUACUCUCAAGGGUGAUGUUUACAGCUUCGCCAUCGUGUGUCAGGAGAUAAUCUACCGAAAGGGCGUCUUUUACCGGCCCGACAUUCAGGAUCCAAAGAUGAUCGUGGAACGCGUGAAGAUGAAUCCACCCUUCCGGCCGUUGCUCGAAGUCUCUGAAGGCUGCACGGAGGACCUAGUUCACCUGGUGGAGAGCGCUUGGACCGAGGAGCCCAAUAUGCGACCGGAAUUCACCAAUAUCAAGAUGACGAUGCGCAAAUUUAACGAGAGUGGGGAUACUGGCAAUUUGCUGGACAACCUCCUCUCGCGUAUGGAACAGUACGCCAACAAUCUGGAAGACCUCGUCGCGGAACGGACUGACCAGUACCUGAUUGAGAAGAAGAAAGUCGAGGAAUUGCUCUACUCCAUCCUGCCAAAGUCGGUGGCGAGUCAGCUGAUACGCAAGCAGCCAGUGAAAGCUGAGAGCUUCGAUUCGGUGACUAUCUACUUCAGCGACAUCGUCGAGUUCACAUCGCUGUCGGCAGAUUCAACGGCGAUUGAGGUCGUGGAGCUGCUCAAUCGCCUCUACACCCUCUUCGACUCGAUCAUUGAGCGCUUUGACGUGUACAAGGUGGAGACCAUCGGCGACGCCUACAUGGUCGCGUCGGGCUUGCCUCAGCGCAAUGGCAAUCAACACGCCAAGGAGGUGGCUCGAAUGGCGAUCGAGUUCCUCAAGGUCAUGGCCACGUUCAUCAUCCCUCACAGGCCCGGCCGCGAGCUAAAACUGCGCAUCGGAAUCCACUCGGGUAGGUCGGCUUCGUUUUAUUCAUCGGCCAUUGUCACCCCCUCUACCUCAACCACCACCACCUCCGCAAAAACCUUCACCUCUGCCAUCAUCUCCACCACCUUCGCCGCCACCACCACCAUCACCUUUACCACCACCUCUGUCACCACAUUCGCCACAAUCACCACCACCUCCACCACCGCCUCUGCUGCUACCACCACCAUUACAUUCGCCGCACCACCUUUACCACCACCCCCACCACCUCAGUCACCACUUUCGCCACCACGAUCACCACUAUCACCACCCCCACUACCAUCUCCACCACCUGCACUACCACCUCCAUCUUCGCCACCGCCACGUCCUCCAUCACCGCCUCAGCCACGUCUGUCACCACCACCUCUGUCACCACCUUCGCCACCACGACAUCACCACCCCAAUCACUACCCCCACUACCAUCUCCAACAUCAUCACCACCUCCACCAAUAUCUCCACCACCUUCGCCGCACCACCUCUGCUGCUACUAUCACUAAAAAACCAUUCUGUCCUGUCUGCGCGGGCGUUGUGGGUGUGAAGAUGCCGCGGUACUGUCUGUUUGGCGACACAGUGAACACGUCUUCUCGCAUGGAGAGCAAUGGUGAACCCAAGCGGAUUCACAUCAGCCGAACGACGAUGUCGAUACUACGCACUUUCGGCACCUUCAUCAUGUCUAAGAGAGGACUCGUCGAGAUGAAGGGCAAAGGAAAGAUGGAGACGUAUUGGCUGCACGGCGAGUACAACGACAUCGUCUAUCCGCCCGAUCCCGGAGCCAUCCUGGUUGAAAACGAUCCACUUCUAGUCAACGAACCCCCCCACCACUCAGGAGACACCCUUCCGCCGCUGCCGACGACAAGCAGCGUCGACAACCAUCUUCCACACAACACCAAAGCGCCAUCCACUCCGGCAAACACCGUGGUUGUUGUACCCGACGAGGCGCCUUCGACGUCGAAGUCCGGUGCGACAUCCAGCAUCGUUUGA